AUGGGCUAUAAGUUCCAGGCACUAGCCCUGGCAACCCUUUCCAUUUGGGUGAUAUUCCUCUUUCUCGACUUCAGGAUCACUUGGCUGGUCCGCGGCCGCCUCGCAGACUUGUACUACUUCAAUCGACGGGACCUGGUCUUCAUCAGCCUAUUUGCCACCCCUGCCAUCCUCUCCCACCUCAUCACCAUCUGGGGCCACUACUACCGUGCCGACGAUCUCUUCCAAGAGUCUAUCCGGCUUGUCUCGACUUCAUCUGUGAAGGAGAGGAAGAGGAUCUCGCCGGUGGUUGUUUACAUGCCGAACGGGAUAAAGUUCUUGGGCAAGUAUGCCGCUUUCAUGGCAUACGUUGCAUUCGGCAGUGGAUACGCAGCCAUGGGAUCCUGCGGUCUGCUCCUCCUCCUGGUCCUACGGAGAUCGAUGUUGCAGGCUCUUGGGUUCACCUACGCCGACAUCUUACCGUUGCAUCGAUGGAUGGGUGUUGCGUUUAUUGUCUGGAGCACGAUCCAUACGAUUUGCUAUAUCCUGUACUACGUCCAUUUCAAUGCCUUUUGGCGCAACUUCAAUUUCGAUGGCACCACGCGUGGACCCCAGAACUUGAUUGCUCUCGUUGCCUAUGCGGCGUUGUUGGGUCUGGGAAUAACGGCAAUCCCCCAAGUCCGAAGAAGCUGCUACCUCCUCUUCAUCACUCUGCACCGAGUCUUCACCGUCAUCACCUUCGUGGGCACUCUCAUGCAUUUCCCCUACUACAUGAUCUGGUAUUACGUCCUCCCCUCCGUCUGCCUCUACCUCGCCGACCGGUUCGUCCCCAAAUUUAUCCAAUCUUGUGCCAUCUCCCCCGAGGCGAUCUGCUCGUUCGACAAAGAAGCUGAUAUCCUCACCAUCGUCCUCGUUUCCAAGGACCGACUCGAGCCGCUCAAGCCUUACUACCCAGGCGAUUAUGUCAACAUUGAGUUCCCAGAGAUCAGUAUGAUUUAUCACCCGUUUACGAUUGCGUCGUAUUGGGCUGAGGAUCCGUAUUCAAUGACGAUUUAUGUGAGAACUUUCCAGGAGACAAAGACAAGUUGGACGGGUGCUUUGGCGACAUUGUGUGAGGAUGCGACGACUGAAGAGCCGAUGGUGUUGAAGGCUAGGGUGGAUGGAGUCUUUGGAGAUCGCACUCAUGAUUAUCUGUCCAAUGGUGUCAUGGUCAUUUUCUCUGCGGGAGCGGCGAUCACAACAUUUAUGAGCCUUCUAAAAGCAAUGGCGGCCCAGAUCGAGGCCUCCCAGGCAACAAUGAACAACGCGGCAACGAUCGAAGUCCAUCUGAUCUGCACCUUCCGUUACGAGAGCGAGCUUUAUGCCUAUGGCGAUUUCAUGCACAGGAUCACGCAUGACCCCCGGUUCACGUCUUGGCUCCAUACCCAGAUCUAUGUCUCGCGACCUGACAAGAUGGCCCCGCCGCCGUUGUGUGAGAGUGGGUUGUGUACGAGUGAGUUUGUUUGUGGGCGUGUUGAUGAGCCUGAGCAGGAGGAGGAGGAAGGCGAGAGGAAGAGUCGUGGAUCGGAGGCGGCGCCGUUGUUGGGAGGAAGCAAGGAGAACAAGUCAAAGUAUGGGUCAGUUGCUUCGAAACUCAGUAAUGCUCGUCGUGUUAAUAUCGAGGAACAGGGCGAGGAGGAUUGCUGUAUGGGUUGUGGAGCAGAGUGCUCCGGUGGUGGCAGCGGAAGUGGUUCGACCAGUUCUAGUGCCAGUUCCUUGGCAGCCACAAUCUCUGUCUCUCCACCCUCCAACUCAAGGUCCGAUAGCGCAUCGACCUUGACCACGAACGAUGUCCACACCAAGACUCUCCUCACCGGCGCCUCUGCCUCUGCAGCUGCAGCUUUUGCUUCAGGGUGCUACCGCUACAAGACCCUGCCCACCUUCCCCGCCGCAAACUCGGCUGCCAUUGCCACCGUCCAUGCCAAGAAAGACCUCUUCCUCACCACCAUGAUCCUGGUCCUCCCUAUGCUGGCCUACCUUUGGGGUCGCGCGAUUCCCUGGGAGGGGACGUAUAAGGGCGAAUACCGGUGGUGUCGCACGACCAAGGAUGAGGAUCAGCAUAUGACCAACCGGUGUAUGUGGAGUUAUGCGAUCCUUCCUGGAGUUGUGCAUGUCCUGGCUGCUAGUUGUAUUGGGUAUUUGGCACUUUUUGUGGCCAGGCGGACCAACCUCUUCAGGGCUGCUUCGAGCCAUGGAUCCAGAAUGGCGACGGCAUCGGUGGCGGAGACGAAUAAUGCGGCGUUCAGGUCGUACGCGAACUUGAUCCGUGGUCUUGCCGGUGAUGGUGCCUCUGUUGCAGCCAUGUCAGGAAGUGCGACGUUGCAUCGUCAUGGAGUGAUGAAGGCCGCUGUUAAGAAGCAGCAAGGGAUCGAGUUCAAGCGUGGGCGGAUUCAAGUCAACCACCAUAUCCAAGAACUCAUCUCUAUCGGUGUUGGCCAUCGUCGUCCCGGUGGUGGUGGUGGUGAAGGAAGUGACGAUACCGAGGCGUUGAUUGGUGGAGUAGAGGAACAGGAGGUGAAGGUGAAGGAAGGAGGAGUGAUUGUGUUUGGAGGUGGACCGGACGCGUUUGUGGAUAUGAUUGAGGAGAGUUGUAAGAAGGCCCGUUGGGUGGUUGAUUUCCAUCGCGAGACCUGGGCUCCUUAG